UUUUUUUUUCCAAUUUCUUCUUUUCUCUUUCCCGACUCUCUCUCUCUCUUUUCUCUCGUGAUACUUCCCUCUCUCUCAAAUCCAUAGAAAUCAUUGAACAAAUCCAUAGAAAUCAUUGGAUUCAAGGCGAUUACGAAGGUCAUGCCUCUUUACGGUCCUAAUUCUCAAGGUGGCCGUCGUGUGGGAGGUUUCUCCUCUGGUCGCGGUGGUGCUCAUCCUGGUGGAGGGCGCGGCGGUGGUGGUAGUCGUGGCGGUCGUGGGAAACAGCGAUGGUGGUAUCAUGAUAUAGUUGUUGGGGAGACUUGCGUUGAGUUCCGGCAUUAGGAUAUACCUUGUGGCUCUAAGACAAUGAUGAUCGGAUCCAUCUAUGCAGUGCAUUAAUCAUCUUAUUAUGAAUCAAAUUUGAUAGAUUCUCAAGCAUUCAUAAGUUUUUUUUUUGCAGCGAUUUUGUAUCUCAAGCGACGUUGUUGAAAGAUUUCGUUUUUUGUCCUUGAGGAGGAUGAAGAAGUAGAUUGAAGAGCAACAUAGGAAAGCAUUAGAGGAGUAUCCUUCUGAUUUUGCAUAAGAUGAGGUUAAUAUAGACUACUGAUUAGUGAUUGCUUUGAAAGAUGUCUUCAACAGAGUAAAGAGGCUGGUAGGUAAACAUGAUGGCAUACGGUCAGAACUUCGAUGAUGGAAGAGACAAUUACAAUUAGGAACAAUAGGCGACUGACAUUGGCUGAUUUCAUUGAUCAUCCAGAUUGUGGAGAAUGUUUUAAAUCCAGAGUUAUGGAGAGGUACGAGAUAGUGAAGGAUAUUGGUUCUGGUAAUUUCGGAGUAGCAAAGCUUGUUCGUGACAAAUUCUCCAAAGAGCUCUUCGCUAUUAAGUUCAUCGAGAGAGGCCAAAAGAUUGAUGAACAUGUACAAAGAGAAAUCAUGAACCAUAGGUCACUCAUCCAUCCCAAUAUAAUAAGAUUCAAGGAGGUUUUGUUGACGGCAACACAUUUGGCGCUAGUAAUGGAAUACGCCGCCGGAGGAGAACUGUUUGGAAGAAUCUGCAGCGCCGGAAGAUUCAGCGAAGACGAGGCAAGGUUCUUCUUUCAGCAGCUCAUAUCAGGAGUUCAUUAUUGUCACAGUCUUGAGAUAUGCCAUAGAGAUCUAAAGCUAGAGAACACAUUACUGGAUGGAAGUGAAGCGCCGCGGGUGAAGAUAUGCGACUUUGGAUAUUCGAAAUCAGGAGUUCUUCAUUCGCAGCCAAAGACAACAGUAGGAACACCUGCUUACAUUGCACCUGAAGUGCUCUCCAAGAAAGAGUAUGACGGCAAAAUCGCUGAUGUUUGGUCUUGUGGAGUCACUUUGUAUGUUAUGCUUGUUGGUGCUUACCCUUUUGAAGAUCCUUCCAAUCCUAAAGACUUUCGUAAAACCAUCGCUCGGAUUCUCAGAGCUCAGUAUUCCAUUCCUAAUUACGUCCGAGUUUCAGAUGAAUCCAGGCAUCUUCUCUCUCGCAUUUUCGUCGCCAACACUGAAAAGAGAAUAACAAUAGAGGAAAUAAAGAAUCAUCCUUGGUUUCUCAAGAAUUUGCCGGUGGAGAUGUCGGAAGAAUCAUUGAGGAUGAAUGGUCCAUCGACUCAAACAGUGGAAGAGAUAGUUUGGAUCAUUGAGGAAGCUCGGAGACCGAUCACUGUAGCUGGUGGACUCACCGGUGGAAGCAGUGGGUGCGCCAUUGGAUGUAGCAGUAUGGAUCUUGAUGACUUGGACACAGAUUUUGAGUACGAUAUCGAUACCGCUGAUCUCCUUUCCCCUUUGUGAACUGUUUUAUCACCCAAACAAAAGCCAAAGAUUUCAUGUUUCUGAAGCUGAUAUACAUUGAUCAUUGAUGAUACACACAGACGUGAAUAUAAUUGUUCUUUAGAGUUUUGCUUAUUGAAAAACUUUAAUCA